ACAAAAAAAUGGCGGCUCGUCGUCUGCUUCGUGGGACUCUCUGCUGUCUUGAGAAAUCAGUUUCACAGCUUCUAACAAAAGACAGUCAUUCAUAUUCUGCUUUCCGAUAUGUACACAGAACACCUCAAGACGAUGUUGAUCAUUUGACCGCAAAUGCUUCGUCACAGAGUUCCCUGUUUGAGAGAUACCUCAAUGCUAAGCAGGCAUGUGAAGUAUUACCCACACCGGAGGUCAAUCCCUUCGGAGUGUUUGCGAACAAUGAACUGGACAUGUCACAAAUCAAGGUCUACGGGUUCGACUACGACUACACCCUUGCUGUGUACACAGAGGAGCUCCAUUACCUGAUAUACGACCUUGGUCGUGAUUGGUUGAUCAAUAAAUUUAAGUACCCCAAGGACAUAGCUCAACUGGAGUACAGACCAGGAUUUGCAAUCCGUGGCCUGCAGUAUGACAUCAAGAAGGGUGUUCUUAUGAAGAUGGACUUGUUCCAUCAGAUUCAGUUCUGCAGCGUUUACAGAGGAUUGACCCCGCUUACAAAAGAGGAAACAACUAGAACUUACGGAGGUGCAUACAUCCCUCAGUACAUGAUCAGGGGAAGUGCAGAGCAGGGAGCCAACAUGAAACAGCUGAAUGAUCUCUUCUCGGUCCCAGAGAUAUGUCUCCUGUCCAACGUUACCGAGUACUUUGAAAAGCAUAACAUUGCCUACAAUCCAGAAAUUUUGUUCUUCGAUAUUCAGAAUGCUAUCUCAAGUAUUCACCCGGUCAUCCACAGCACAUUGAACGAAAACAAUAUCAGUCAGUACCUCGAAAAGCAUGCAGACCUGAUGACUUUCUUGGAACGACUUAGGAAUGCUGACAAAGAGAUGUUCCUGGUGACAAACAGUCCAUUUAAAUUUGUAGACGUAGGUAUGAGGUACAUGAUAGGAGAGAACUGGCAAGACCUCUUUGACGUGGUCAUUGUCCAAGCAAGGAAACCAAAGUUCUUCACUGACCAACAUAGGCCCUUCCGUAUUUACGAUCCAGCUACAAAGAGCCAGCUCUGGGAGAAGGUGACAAAGCUGGAGAAAAACAAGGUAUACAUUGAGGGUACUGUUACUCAGCUGCAACAGAUGACUGGCUGGAGUGGCAAUACUGUGCUGUACUUUGGUGACCAAAUCUACAGUGAUUUAGCUGAUUUGACACUUAACUAUGGAUGGAGGACCGGGGCCAUCAUCUGGGAGCUAGCGAAUGAGAUUAAGACACUCAACUCUGAGGAAUUUAGACACACUGUGAGCUGGCUUCAAUCUCUGCAACAUCUUAUUGAAGAAAUGCAGGAUCAUGAGGACAUUUCAGACUUCAUAGAGCAGCUCCUUCAGGAACGUGACCAAUUGAGGAAGACGACCAAGUCCUUGUUCAACCCGCAGUUUGGCAGCAUCUUCCGUACCCACCACAACCCCACCUACUUCUCUCGACGUCUCUUCCGCUAUUCGGACAUCUACAUGUCCCACGUCACCAACCUGCUCAACUAUUCCCUCAGGCACAUCUUCUACCCACGCAGAGGAGCUCUCCCUCACGAGUGUCACACGCCUCACAGUUAAAAAGUAGGGAGGGAUCGAUGCAAGGUCAGUGGCCAUACCACUGAGGCAGUUGGUUGUAUCAUAGGACAAAGGCAAUAAUUUUUUUAGAAGACGCAGGAAAUAGCACUUUUUUUUUUCUCUUUCUUGAGAAGGCAGCAAGCUGUCUUUAUUCUUUGGCUGCCUGAUGAUGCAUUGCAUUGGGAAAGUACAGCUAUUUUUAUGCAAUUUUAAAAAGUUAUUGGUAUAAGGCAUUGAAAGAGUGAGAGAUUAGUAGUGUUCUAUAAAUGGACUAUCAGUUACAUGCUGCAAUGCAAUGUGUUACUCAGAAAGGUACGUACAGUUAUAGAAGUGUAAAAGGAAAAUAACAGACGUGUUCGGCAUAUUGUUCAAGUUCAAGAUUCUAAUUUACAGUUAGCUGUAGCAUGCAACAAAUAUAAUAACAGGCGGUACCAUUUAAAUGAAAUUAACUAUAAAUUCUUGCAGAAGUGUCACGGUACAUAGCGGUAACAGAGGGUCUGGAAAGUAUUCCUGCGCGCUGUAGGGUUUUACACAGCGUUGCACAUGAAAGUACUACAGCAUAAGGAAGCACAUAGUUGCUAUAGAUACUACACUAAGCAGUGACGUUAGACGAAUAGACUUCGGUUGCAAAUAAUAUGCUAGUGGAGUGGAGAAACGGUAGGGGAGUGGUCAUGAUAGCCUCGUUAUACGGGAAUGCAACGAUCAUGAUUGUCACAUUAUACGGGAAUGCAGUGGUCAUGAUAGUCUCGUUAUAUGGGAAUGCAAUGAUCAUGAUUGUCACAUUAUACGGGAAUGCAAUGGUCAUGAUAGUCUCGUUAUACGGGAAUGCAAUGAUCAUGAUUGUCACAUUAUACGGGAAUGCAAUGGUCAUGAUAGUCUCGUUAUACGGGAAUGCAAUGAUCAUGAUUGUCACAUUAUACGGGAAUGCAAUGGUCAUGAUUGUCACGCUAUACGGGAAUGCAGUUUGGAACGUCGAGAUUAUUUUUCACAUUCUACGAGGUGCCAUACGUAAUCCUUUAUUGUUAGUAGUAACUGUAUUUAUACUCUGCAAAAUGUUGCUAGUUUUUCAUUCGUGAAUUUGGAAGUGAUUAUGCAAGAACAGCAGACAAACACAAGACUGUCUUUUAACCCUGCACCUUGUGUACCUAACUUCAUUCGAUGCUUUUUCGAUACUGGUGCCAACAUGCUUAGCUGUCUUUGAAACGUGCUUCGUCGUAGUGCAACGUCAAGUUGUAUUUAUUGCUCAAGUGCACUACUAGAUCGCAACAUUCUUGUGGUGGCAUUAAAUUCAUUUUUUGACCACUG